UCUUAUAGUACAGUAUUUUAAAAGAGACGACAGUUAGUAGAACUUAAUAAUUCACAAACAACUCAUUUCCGACGGAAAUGAAAGUGAAAUUCGAAUGAAUCACACCAAAUACCAUGGGAAGAACCCAGAUUUCUUGUAAAAAAACAAUUGGUAGUGAAACUGCAAUUUUACCACCUUACCUAACUUCCUAGCUGGGGGCUCUGGACCCCUGCCAUAUUAAACAGAAAGUACUUAUUUUGAUAUCUGGUACCAGUGAAAGCAACUUUGUUGAAGCAUAAUGGUGUAAUUUAUGUUAAUUGUUGACGUGAGAAGUUUAGGAAGCUGUUGCCAAGAGGAAGUUCAGGGAACUGCCUUUAUUGAUGGCAAGAGGACCUUCCUUUCAAGUGAAAGGAAAAAUAGAGAAUAUGGAUGCCCAUAUCAAGGUAGAGAGCCCAGCCGUGAGAUAUACACCAGAGUAUAUUGAGGCAGAUUAUAACUACACAAAUACAAAUGUGUGGACAGAUAGCAAAGGGAUGAUGAUUGCAACACCAACUAUUACAAAGUACACAUUCAAAACUAUGAGAAAGGUACCAAAAUUAGGACUGUUGCUUGUGGGUCUUGGAGGCAAUAAUGGUACAACACUCACAGCUGCCAUUCUUGCAAACAAACACAAACUCACCUGGAAAACGAAGGAUGGCAUCAAGGAGGCAAACUACCUAGGUUCCAUAACUCAGGCAAGCACUGUCUGCCUAGGAAAUGGACCAGAAGGGGAAGUGUAUGUCCCCUUGAAGAACCUACUACCCAUGGUGGAUCCAAAUGACAUUGUUAUUGAUGGUUGGGACAUCUCCUCAUUAAAUCUAGAUGAUGCCAUGGAGCGUGCCAGAGUGCUUGAUUAUAACCUGCAGGUUCAGUUAAAACCUUACAUGAAAACAAUGAAGCCUCGUCCAUCAGUGUACAUCCCAGAUUUCAUUGCAGCUAAUCAAGCUGAUCGUGCUGACAAUGUUUUAACUGGGACAAAGCAAGAACAGUUAAAUAAGAUCAGGAAUGAUAUCAGAGAUUUUAAGGAAACUAGCAGGGUAGAUAAGAUCAUAGUGUUGUGGACAGCGAAUACAGAAAGAUACUGCGACAUUAUUCCAGAAAUCAACGGUAGUGCAGAAAGUCUGCUGAAAAGCAUUGAAAAUAAUGAAAGUGAGAUCUCACCAUCAACAUUAUUUGCAGUCGCCAGUAUUCUUGAAGGGGUUACCUACAUCAAUGGUUCACCACAAAACACAUUUGUUCCUGGAUGUAUUGAAUUGGCAGAGAAAAAACAGGUGUUCAUUGCUGGUGAUGAUUUCAAAUCUGGCCAAACUAAACUUAAGUCUGUCUUGGUGGACUUUUUAGUGAGUGCAGGAAUCAAGCCCAGGUCAAUUGUCAGUUACAAUCACCUUGGUAAUAACGAUGGAAAAAAUCUCAAUGCUCCGCAGACCUUCAGAUCAAAAGAGAUCUCAAAGAGCAAUGUUGUAGCUGAAAUAAUAGAAUCCAACAGGUUGCUUUACUCUGAUGGUGUCGGUCCAGACCACUGUGUAGUCAUCAAAUAUGUACCUCAUGUGGGUGACAGCAAACGGGCCAUGGAUGAAUACUCAUCUGAAAUCAUGAUGGGUGGGGCCAACACAAUAGUUGUUCAUAAUACCUGUGAAGAUUCUCUGCUUGCCAGUCCUCUGAUUGUUGAUCUUGUCAUUCUUGCUGAACUGUGUGAGAGAAUUCAGUAUAAGAUGGAACACGAAUCCUGUUUCCAAAACUUUAAUACUGUUUUGUCAGUUCUGAGCUACUUGUGUAAAGCACCAUUAGUACCACGUGGCACUCCAGUUAUUAAUUCCUUAUUUCGCCAGCGAAGCUGUAUAGAAAAUGUAUUACGUGCCUGCAUUGGACUAGCACCCACUAAUCACAUGCUUCUUGAAUACAAACAUGCACAAAUUGACAAGAAAAUUCAAAAGCCAGUUGCUGUAACCACCAAAAAUCACUCAAGCAUUAUUAACAAAAUUGACAUUGGUUCAUCACAUGCACAUCACCCAUCAUAUGAUACAGGCAUUGAAAAAUAACAUUACAUGCAUCAGUCCUUAUAUAUUUAAUGGGGAGAAGUAAUUUCAGUUAAUUUUUGAAGCAGUGUGGAAACUUUCAUUCAGUUGUUUGUUGAGCAUAAGGAUUUUUCUCUUUAUGUAUUUGUAUUUAGUGGAAAUAAUUUGGGUAGACAAGUUUUGUAAUUAAUAAUAUUAUUCACUCUGCUUUCAGUGAUUUUAAUUUACUUUUUUUGUAUUCUUAUGAUUGGCAAAAAGAUUUUAUGCCAAAAUCUAAAACUGCUAUGUACAUAAACAAUUGCAUUACAUUACAGUACAGUAGACCCUCGCCAACCGCAGAGUUACCAUAUGUGGAUUCCGAGCAUCCACGGUUUUUACUCUAUACCAUUUCGAGUGUACGCGGAUUAAUGUGGCAUCUUUAUCUCUUCUCAGUCUAAUGUAUUCCUCUGUAAAUGUGAGGAAUGAAUAAAAAUAAUAAUAGUAAAUAAAAUAAAAGAAAGAAUACUGCAUUGCUAUUCAGCAAUUGUUUCACUAAGGAGACAGGAGGGCAGUCUCCACUCUCCUCCCACGAUUGUGGGCUAACUUCCAUGGACGUAAUAAAUGUGUAUUCCCUUUGUUUUUACUUUAUAUAAUAUUUGUUUUUUAUUUGUGCAUAUUCUAUGUAAAAGAUUGUCUGCAUGUACAGGUAACUCGCAUUUGGUUUAAGCAUUUUUGGAAUAACACGAUUGUUCAAUUAAUACCAAAAGCUAAUUUACGUGCACCUAUUUUUGAAAUAUCACGCUCAAGACAGUUUAAAUUUGCCGCGCAUAUUCGCCUGGUCGCCUGGCAGUGGAGUCGCGUGUGACGCCUGGUGAGGUGCUUAUAAGUUAUUACAAUAAAGUCGCAGUCAUAUCAACAUCAACGAUUUUAAUAUUAUUAUUAAUAAUAUUAAUUAUUAUAAUAAUAUAAUAAUAAAGAUUAUUACUACUAAUGAUGAAGAUAAUGAUGAUAAUGAAGUACAGGUAUUCUGUGCAACAACUGUGACCACGUCCAGCAAGCUUCCCGUGUAUCGUUUUCUUAAUUCACACCUUUUUCUCUGUGCUCUCAUUUGCAUUGUGUGUUUAUCACAUACCUUUUUAGUGUUAAACACUGUUUCCCCAUUGAGCAUGUCUGGAAAACGUCCAUCUGCCUCCUCUGGGAUGCCUAAAGCUAAAAAGGCACGAAAAACAAUCGCAAUGGACGUGAAAUUAAUUGUGAUCACCCGCCUUCAGAGAGGAGAGCGUGUGUCGGAUGUUGGCCGCAUGCGCGGUUUAAGUGAGAGCACUGUUCGUACCCUGUAUGGUAUAUGAUGGUUCCCCUAACCUGUACCAUUUACAUGUAUUCUUAUGGGAAAAUUUGGUUUAAUUUACGCAUUUUUUAGUUAAGCGGUUUUCAAGAACGUAACCCCCGCGUAAACGAGAGGUGGGUGUGCCAGAGUUAAAAAAAAAUUGCGUUAUGUCUACCGGUACGCGUAAUUACAAGUUGAAAAAUAACCGCUCUAAGUGAUAAAUCUGGCUCUUCAGGGUCUCAGGGUUGGAACCUAUUUUUCCCCAUAAGUUAUUAAUACCCUGUAUUGAUAUAAGGUAUGAUCACCUUACGGUGGCUUUUUGAAGUCCCUAACCUGUAUUUACUAUCAUAGUUGUCAUUGAUAUAUUCUCUAAACUUUUUAAAUCCCAUACAGUACAUUUUACCAGACCAAGGCAUUCAUGUUUUCUUCAAUUAGAAAUUAGUAUAGGUUUAAAAGGUUUUAUUCAUGUAUAAAUGGGUUGACAAGAUUAGGUAAUUGUAAGUAUGGUCAGUAAACCUGAUGGAAUAUUAUGUCUUUAUUGUAAGUUCUUUUUGAAUGUAAGAAAGUGAUUAAUAAGAUUUCCACAUUACUUAAAUGCUGCUUUUAUUAAGUUCUGAAUAGAGUAUUUUCAUUUUUUAAAUUUUGUGCUUUAACAAUAGGAACUACAGCAAAAAAAAAUCAUAAAAAUACGGUAAUAGGGGCUCUAGCCCUUAUGAAUUAUGAGAUUCUACUAAUUAUAAGUGAUUUUGAAUUUGAGGGGUACAAAUUGUUUUUUUUUUUUU